AUGUCGUCAUCGAGUAUGGGUGAUGCUGAAUGUUAUCAACAGCAAGGAACUCAAGCCUCUCAAACGACUGUAACAGCAUUUUUAGCAAAAUUAUGGGCGUUAGUGAACGAUCCGUCUUGUAAUGAUCUGAUCGCCUGGGAUCCAUCUGGUGGAUCAUUUCACGUUUAUGAUCAAUCGCGUUUUGCUCGAGAAAUUCUUCCACGUUAUUUCAAACACAAUAAUUUCGCUUCGUUUAUUCGUCAAUUGAAUAUGUAUGGUUUUCGUAAGAUGUCAACAAUCGAACACGGUUCAUUGAAAACAGAACGUGAUGAUAUUGAGUUCGCUCAUCCAAGUUUUAUUCGUGGACACGAUAAUUUAUUAGAAUUAAUCAAACGCCGUGCUCCGGAUAAUCAACAACAAAAGGUGAGUAUUCAGCCGACUAAAACCGAAUCACAAACACCGUUACCCACGUUGCCUUCGUCGAUUUUGCCCCCAUCUGAUGUUACAUCAACAACGAUUUUGACUGAUGCAAAAACAUCAGUACGCCCAGUUGAACUUUCACAAGUUCUCGAUGAUGUAAGAACUUUACAGACGAAACAAACAUCCUUGAGUGAUAAACUAUUCCAUGUGCAAGACGAAAAUCAAGCUUUAUGGCGUGAAAUGAGUAUAUUAAAGCAAAAGCAUGCUAAACAACAACAAAUCGUCUCAAAAUUAAUGGAAUUUCUCUUACACUUCUUGACUAGUUCAACGCAAGGACAUCGACCAUCUGUCGAACAGCCAUCAAGUAACUCCUCUCAACAAGAACAAACCCCACACCAUCCGAUUAUCAAUCAACAAAUAUCCAGUAAUAGUCUCAAACGAAAACAAGCUGCUAUUAUGCUCGGUGAAGAACCUAAAAAACGUACGACAAUCCAACAGCCUCAACGUCACAAUAUCAUUUCCCAACCAAUCAACAUCGGACGACCACACGGUAUCACAAUUAAUGAAUUAUCCGACAAUGAUUCUGGCGGGUGGAUUCACACAACGAAUACAUCACCUUUAGUUGACCUUGUUCCGUCUCCACCACCAAUACAAACAUUGGAGGAUGGUUAUCAACAACAACAACAACAACAGCAACCUCAGCAAACAUUGAAUAAUUAUGACUGGACAGUUCCGACGGGUGACAUUCGGAAUUCUUUAGGCAAAACGUUCAAAACCAUUGGAAAUGGUCAUGACGAAAAUAAUAGUUAUAUACCUGAUUUUUUCCUAACUACAGAUGAACCCAAUGGUGCAAAAUCGACUCUUGGACAAGUGGACGAACCCAACUUAUCAGGCAUCAAUACGUCCGCUGCAUCGAUCGUUCCAUUUCUCAAAGAAGAACAAAUUGAAUUUUCCAAUAACUUUGAUCCACAUGCAUCUGACUCAUCGAUCUACUCUGAUGGCAAACAUUCUAAACUUCUUCAACCCAACAACGUUUCAUUUUCUCUUGAUGAUAUAACUGGCGAUGUCGAUCAUAUUCAAUCAUCAUUGGACAACAUUCGUGAAUUAAUGUUCGAUCAUCUCCCCGAGCACGCAUCAAUUGAGGAUUUAUUUUGCGAUGAUCAUGUUUUAUUAUCUCCACUAUUGACGAAUAACGGACAAACGACAAACAUCUUAACAGAUACGACGAGCGAAGAAUCAAAAUUAACGAAUAAUAAUAAUAAUAUUACCAAUCCGAAUCAUUUUAUUUAUUCAAAUUCCAAUGAUAUUAAUCAUACAUCUCCAUGUAAACAGAUCAUUCUUCAUAAGAGCGAAGUUCCAUUAGCUAAUCCGACAGAUGUGAAUAAUCAAUUAUUGGAACAGUUAAUAAAUGAAACGGCUAAAGUUGAGGAACAACGGCAAACAAUAAAUCAAUUAGAACGUGAAAAGAUCAACUUAGAAGGAAAAAUCCACCAACUUGAACAACAACAACAGCAGCAGCAUCAACAUCCAAAUAUAAGAAAAAAACAAUGA